CACAAUAGUUAUUAUCACCAUGAAGGCAUUGAGCAGCGUCUCUUUCCUUCUCAUCACUACCACCGUCUUCCUCCUCAUCUCCUCCACCGCCAUCGUCGAAGCCACCAGCAAUAGUACUCAGACUUAUAAAAAGAAGUUGUUUUGUGUGCCCGUCGAUGAUGCUUCCGAUGCCGAUUUACAACUAGCCUUGGAUUGGGCAUGUCACCAACCGAUUGAUUGCGGUCCGAUUCAGCCGGGUGCCGUUUGCGGUGACCCGCCCACCGUCAGGUCUCGUGCAGCAUUCGCCAUGAAUUCUUAUUACCGGUCUCAAGGAGGCCUUCCUAGUAGUUGUGAUUUUAGUGGCACGGCUACGGUCACCUGCAAGGAUCCAAGCUAUGGCAAUUGCAAAUAUCUCUGAAGGAUUGGUUGGGGAAACAUCAGUUAUGACAAAAAAACUUUAUUUGCAAAUAUUAAAUAUUAAUUUUACUUUUAGAUUGUUUAUUUAAAUUAUUGUUGGCGAAAUCAUUUCUUGGUGGUUCAAACGGGGAAUGCUCGUCACAUAGUUAAAGUCGUUAUCGAUCAUUUUGGUUGAAUAUGACACGUCCAACUUCAUUUACUGGGACUGCUGGGUCCUCCUUAUCUAAGGCACUAGUCUCUUUGUAAUGGCCUUUUGGUCUCUUACCAUUCAAGGAAAAAAAAAGUCUAAACU